UAAGUCUGAUAAACCUCUGUCUCACAGAGUUGGGAGUUUCAUAAAUCGCUUCUUCACACCCCAAAUCCGUUUCUUGGUUCGGAUUAAUGCAGUUUAAAGGCACAAUUGGUGAUUAACUGUGGCUGAAAUCACAUGGAGGUGCUCCCGUGCUCACAUGACAGACUGAACCAUGGCAGGAGAGAUCAGUGAAGGCUCAGUUCCUGCCUAUUACAGGGAAGUGCAUGAGGCCAUCCGCUGUAGGACAGAUGAGAGAGUGCAGGUUGAGGUUUUUCAGCGGCUGCUCCAAAGGACCGAUCUCUCCAAGGUGGUCUUAAACCAGAUUGCUGAGCAUCUUGACUCCUCCGAUGGAUUCCUGAGCAAAUUAUCACUCUAUAAAGCACUCGCUUUGAUUGCUCUCGCUCAGCAGGGCAAGCAACCGAGUCCCAAACUCUUGGAGAACUGCAUACUAGAGUUACCGAAACCUCAGCUCGGGGAGCCGAGGGACCUGAGCACGCUGAGGAUGCAGCCGGCUCAGGACGACGUGCUGACAUUGUCGCAGACGCUGGACGGGCUUCUGGGGAAAGACACGGUCCAGGUGGAGCUCAUUCCUGAGAAGAAAGGCCUGUUCCUCAAACAUGUGGAGUACCAGGUCACCAGCCAGCGUUAUAAGAUAUCAGUUUACCGGCGUUAUAGCGACUUUGAUGUCUUCCACGAGGUUUUGCUUCAGAGAUUUGCCUACAGAGUCGUGCCAGCUUUGCCACCUAAAAGGAUGUUAAAAGGAGUCCUGACCUCGCUCUCCGAGCGGGAGUUCAUUGAGGGGAGGAGACGUGGCCUCGGCAGAUUUCUUAACUUGGUGGCUCGACAUCCUUUCUUCUCAGAGGAUGAGCUGGUCAAGACCUUCCUCACUUUCAGUGGCUCUGAUGUUCAGUCUAGGCUGCGUGACACUUGUAAGAAAACGGGUGACGAGUUCAUGAUUAACAGAAUCGCAACUCAGGCAAAGGAAUAUCUCCCAGCUGACAUUCAGGCUCAGUUUUCGACAAGCAGAGAGAUGAUUAGAAAUAUCCACAACAGCUUCCAGAGGCUGCGGGACAGAGCUGAGAAAAUGGUGGAGCGCUCUAAGGACAAUGCAUCUGAUCUCCUCAUGUUUGGCAAAGAGCUCAGUACACUGGGCUCAGAUGCCUCGCCUCUUCCCUCCUUGGCCUCUUCACAAAGCACCUGGGGGACCCUGCGCCAGUCGCUGAAGAGCCUUUCUGUGGAGUUUGCUGUGCUGUCUGACAAAGCUGCUCAGCAGGGCCGGCGAGAAGAAGAUGAUGUUGUGGAAAAAUUGAAUCUUUUCCUGGAUUUGCUGCAGUCGUACAGGGAUCUCUGUGAGCGGCAUGAGAAGGGCGUCCUCCAUGAGCACCAGAAAGCAUUGCACAAGUACAGUGUGAUGAAGAGGCAGAUGAUGAGUGCCACUGUGCAGCACAAAGAGCAGGCAUCUGUGGAGCAGCUGGAAUCGCGAAUUGUUCAGCAAGAAAAUGCCAUCCAGACCAUGGAGCUGCGUAACUACUUCUCCCUAUUCUGCCUUCAUCAAGAAACACAGCUUAUCUUCACUUACCUUCCGAUUACCUCGCACAUUCUCGGAUCUUUUGUUAACUCCCAGGUCCAAGGACACCGAGAGAUGGGGGAGGUGUGGAGUGAAUUGCAGCCAAAGCUUGGGUGUCUCUUCAGCGGUAACAAUGGACUGAAACACUCCAUCUGAAACCUAAAUGUACAUGAGAUGAAAAAGGAAAAACACAGCCACUGAGGAUUACAAACUACAAAAUAAUGCU